ACGUCAUUCAACCAGCAGGAGGCACAACGCUCUUCACUACGUAGCUGUUUGACCGGAAGUAGACAUUAUUCAACCGUUUGAAUCUUUAGCUCAGCGAUGCUAACUAUCUGUUAGUCAGAGAGAGCUAGAGUUAUAAAACAACCCAGUAUUCAUCAUCUAUUAGUAUAUUUACAAGAUGUCGGGUAGUUGUUGAGGCCACAGUGCGUGAGGAACAAUGUAGCUGAGAGACUUCGUCCGUUUACUAUGAGCUCCCUAUUAGCCGAGCCUCCUGCAUCAAGCUCAUCAUGCAGGACUACACUACCUGGAGAGGGGAAUCAGGUUCAACCAAAACCCCCUCUCCUGCAGAUUCUGCGUGUUGCCGGAGCCCAGGAAGAAGUCUUCACACUCAAAGAGGUGAUGCACUACUUGGGUCAGUACAUCAUGGGGAAGCAACUGUAUGACAAACAGAGGCAGCACAUAGUCCACUGCCAGGAUGACCCUUUGGGAGAGCUGUUGGAGGUGGAGAGCUUCUCCGUCAAAAACCCAAGCCCGGUGUAUGAAAUGCUCAAGAAAUACUUAGUUGUUCUUGGUUGUUCUGACGCUGCAGAGAAUCUUUCUGUGGGCCGUGAAUGUGUAGAGGGCGGAGUGGAGGAUCGUGGUCAGAUAUGUGGAGGUGUGGUCAAAGCAGGGCUGGAGGCUUGCACCGACGUGCCUCUCCUGCCGACCCCCUCCCAGCGACGACCCCGGGAGCCAGACGAUGACUCCCUUGAAGGCCUGCCACGGUCAGCCUGCAAACGGCCCAAACUGGACGUUACUUUGGACGAGUGGGACCUCUCUGGCCUGCCCUGGUGGUUUCUGGGUAAUCUCCGCAGUAACUACAGCCCUAGGAGCAAUGGCUCCACUGACAUCCACACAAACCAAUUGUCUCCUGCACAGGAGGAGGACACGGCCAUCGUGUCGGACACCACCGAUGACCUCUGGUUCCUGACCGAGGGUGGGAGUGAACAGGUGAGCGUGGAGAUGAAAGAGGCUGCACUGGAGGAAGGGAGCGCAGGAGAAGGAGAGGCUCUACCUGAUGAUGAUGACGGAGGAGGGAAGGAGGAGAAAGCAGAUCGAGAGAUGCAGGAGGAGCCAGAUGAAGACUCGCAGUGUCUGAGCGAUGACACUGAUACAGAGAUCUCCACACAGGAUGCUUGGCAGUGCACAGAGUGCAGGAAGUAUAACACACCUCUCCAGAGGUACUGUGUUCGCUGCUGGGCUCUACGUAAGAACUGGUACAAAGACGUCCCCCGACUCGCCCAUUCCCUUUCUGUUCCUGACAUCCCAGCAUGCAGCUCUCUCACCACCCAUGACGAGGAAGAUGACAGCGACACCGGCAUUGACGUCCCAGACUGCAGCAGGACAGUCUCUGACCCGGUCAUCCUGCCCUCCCACUCCACGGCUGACCGCCCGCUGCCCACUACGAUUACAGGGAAAGGCAAGGGGCCUUGGCCCUCCAGCUUCAACAAGGAUGAGCAGCUCUCAGGGGGGGAGAGUCAGGAGAAUCUGGGUAUGGAGAUUGAAGAAGCUAGGCCUGAGGCACUGUUGGAGCCUUGCAAGCUGUGUCGAGUGCGACCGCGCAACGGAAAUAUAAUACACGGACGUACGGCUCACCUGUUAACCUGUUUCCCGUGUGCAAGGAGGCUACACAAGUUCCAGGCUCCUUGUCCAGGAUGUGGGAAGAUCAUUCAAAAAGUUAUUAAGAUAUUCAUCCUCUAAAAAGCACUCAUCAGUCAGGCUCUAGGGACCUCAACAACAAAACAUACAACAUCAAACACAUUCAACCAUAAAGAUGCAUGCACACUCUCUGCUCGUAGACACACACACAAAAACAUGCACCUUACCCAUAAAACCUAUAUUGAUUCACGCAAAGUGUAGCACUUGAUGAAGCUUGCUCUUGGUUGCAUGGUUUAUUCUGCAUCACACUGCCUCCGAAGUAUUGUUAGAUGAAACCUUGGACACGAGAGUUCGUCAUACCGAAUGUUUUUUUUGGUGCUACAUUUAAAUAAGGGACAUACAAAGGCAGAAGUAUUUAUUUAUUUAUGAGAAGAUCACCACGGAGCGCACGUUUUUGUGAGCUAUUAUUUGGUUUCAUGAAAGCUUGUUUUUUUCAGCCUAUGUGAAUUUUCUCAUUGUUUUUUUGCAUUGAAUGGUGCCAUUUAAAACUAGUAUUGCUCACCUUAGUUCUGUUAGUUUGAUUCUCCCCCACCCCCCCCCUUAGUUUCACUUCAGUCAUCAACUGGACAGAAAAGGAAAGAUGAGUGCAGGUAUUUAACUACAAGAGUAAAGCAUCUUCUGGGCCAUUUUGUUUUUGUUUUUUUAACCGUUUUUAUACCCUCUUUGGUAUUGUGGCUCAGAGAUUUCAGUUAUAAAGACAAGAUUGAAGGACGAAUAGGAAAGAAAGUCUUAAAACCAUGAAUUUAUUGUCAACAGCUGCAGCUCCAUUCAAGUAUCCUCCUUUUCCUUAAAAAAAAUAAAUAAUUAUUUGCAUAAUUGAAUGUACUGUAAAAUACAAAUGUGGUGGCUUAAGUCCUGUUUCUCUAAACAUAGUAUUUUAAAAUGUAGAGUUGAAUCUAACUGGCUUGAGAAUGCACAGCUGAAGUAUUUACUGUAAUAUCCUCUUGGGGUAGCAAUUUGAUGUUAAUAUGUAAUCAAUCCCGUAUUUACAAUUGCCAAGCCACGGAUGCCUGCAGUAAGUCGUAAUUGUUGGUUAAUGUUGAAAUGUUAUCAUUCAGAAAGGGUACGUAACAUCUCCCUGAACGCAUGAUCAAUGAACAAUUUCUGUAUAUUUUGUAUUUAAUUUAUUUAUGAUUCAGUUUUAAUUGUUUAGAUGACCACAUCUAAUGAAGCAGAUAAAAAGGCAGCACUUGUUACAGAGCUCUAAUAUGUAAUUUUACAGCAAAAUUAUUUUCUGAAAGAUAUAUACAGAAAGACUUUAAGGAAACAGGAUUAAAUGUACCCUCUGUGAGAAUGACUGCGGAGUACUUAGUGGGAGUUUGGAGGUUUGAUUUCAGCGUUACACUGCCAUGUAAUGACUUUAAUUUGUGUAUUAUUAUUGAUUGAUAUGAUUUUAUUUUGAUGGCUCUGCAUUAUUUGAUUGUAUCGCUGGACCAUAUAGAUACGACUUCAGUAAGUGUGUGAGCUGUCUCCAAAUACAUUAUCGACGUGAGAUGUCCAGUGACAUUAAGCAUUAAACUCUUGGCUCUGCUUAGUGUAGAGGGAGUAUCAUAGCUCUUUGAUCUGCUCUUAACUUGCGCUUAAUCUUUCUGCCAGCAGAUGGGGAGAAAUCUCAAUAUUGUGUCUGGUGCUCACAGAAGCUGUACAGUACCAGUGAUAACAUGUAAAUCAUAUAUAGAGCAUGCCUCCUGUCGUGAAUAGAGCCAGCACUCAGCUGCUGUGAGAGCUAUAUAAAUGCUAUAAAAUAUUAAUGUAGCCUGUAUUUAUCUCCGUAAUUGUGCAUCAAAAGAAAGUUACUAUACAGACCUCAUUAAAAAUUGCUUAGUACAAAUUAUACCAUUGAUAGCCUAUACUGGUUCAGAAUGAAUGAUCGUUGCAAUUAAGACCAGAAUGUGCUCAAACAUGGUUCAGUUCAUAUAGUUGUGUUUUUCUACCUGUCAUGGAAUAAAAGAUGUUUUGUAAAGCGA